AUGAAGUCAGUCGUCUGGCUUUCCUUCUUUGGCGCGGGGGCAAUGGCCCACCCCUCUGGUUUGUGGUGGGGAACCGAUCAAUGCUAUCCAAGCCCUGAAAAGCUCGAUAAUGCCUGUCUUCCCAGUCAAGAGGCUGGGUUUGACUGGUCCGAGCUCGGCAAUGGAGAUAACUGGACCUUUGAGGGGUUCAACUUCAACGGCUUUGAUGCCAGUGAUGUUUGUGGCAACUCUGGUGGCAAGUGUAUCCAAGCCAAGUUGUCGCGCGAUGACAACUACGACAUCCGAGUCGAGGCCACCGACGCCCCUUUCUCCGUGAGCAGUCUUCGCAUGUCGACUUCGCGAGACACUCUGGUCAUCAUGAACUAUCACAUGCCAAGUGGCUCCAUCUGUCGCCAAUAUGUGCAGUCUACCCUUGACGGCGUGGACGUCACCAACGAGCAGUGCGGUGGUGCCGUGGCCGUGGACUUCACUCUGCCCGAGGACAGCAAGUUCGGCGAGUGCGAUAUGGCUAUCCACCGCAUGGACUUUGACUGCUCGUCUGGUCCCAAAGGCCCUCCUGAGAUGCCUCAAGAGGAGACUCCCGUGUCCAGCCACCAGGCGCCGGUCAGCACCGAGAUGUCGUCUGCUCAGUGGACUUCUGAGCCUGCCACCAGUCAUUGGACUUCUGAGCCUGCCACCAGUCACUGGUCCUCUAAACCGGUGCCUCUGGUUAGCACCGAAUCAUGGACUCGCCCAACUCCAUCCUCCGUGGAGACUUCCAUGUCUUUCACGCACAUGGAUCCUACGCCCUCUGAGGCUGCGCAUACUCAGCCGUCAUUCACGGACCCUGCUCACACUGAGCCUGCAUACACUCAGCCUGAAGAGAUCAGAUCCACCGUGAAGGUUGUCGAGACACCGUCCAUGCCCGCUAGCAGCCGCGAUGUCCACACUACCCCAGUCGCUGCUUCAACGACCGAGGAAGUCAGCGAGUCGUCCACCUCUUGCACAUGGACUACAGUAUCUGGCUCGUCGUGGACUAUUCCUAGCAUCGCUGAUGCCACUGAGCCUGCCACUUUGCCCGCGUCUACUCACUCGCUGCCCGCUAUGCCCGCUAUGCCCACCAGCGUCGACCCGACCACUGCCGAUGUCAUCGAGAGUACUACCAGCUGCACCAGUGCUUGGAUCACGUACAUGACCCCCGUCGAGACUUGGAGCACUUCUACCAUCUGGUCCACUGAGCAGAUCACCGUCACUUCCUGCGCGCCCACUGUGACCAACUGCCCGGCUCACUCUAGCGCAGUUGUCACCAGCACCUGGGCUGUGUCCACCACCAUCUGCCCGUACACUUCAAUGAAGACUUCUUCGACGCUCACUACUUGGGUCCCCAAGACCUCUGAGAGUCGUCAAGCGAGCUCCACGGACCUUCCCCAGAUGACUACUGCGGAUGUUCCUCCUCCCGCCAGCACUUCCUUUGUUCCGGCCCCGUGCCCUGACGUUGUUCCCAAGUGUCUGAACACCUGGCUGACGAUCCCCAAGUGCGAUUCCAACAGUGAUGCUGCCUGCUUCUGUCCCUCAUCCGAGUUCACUGAAAAGGUCACCACCUGUAUCCACUCCUGGGGCCAGAGCAAGGACCAGAUCCAGGAUGCCCUGUCUUACUUUGCCGGUAUCUGUGCUCCUUACGUUCCUAUUAACCCGGAGAUCAUUGACAUCAUUAAGCCGUGUCCUACCGGCUCCUGGAAGGAGGAACCUCAUCACUCUUUCAGUGAACCUGCUCCCGUUCAGACCGAGUCCUCUCCUGUUCAUGCCACCUCGUCUUCGACUGCAGAUCGUCACAUGCCUACUUCGGUCACCGAUUCGUCCGUUCACUACACUCACCACUCUUCUCACGGUGUGACUGAGCCCGGUCACACUCACACUGCGCCCUAUACUGUCAUUACCUCGGUUCUCGCUCACGGAGUCUCUCCUGUGACGAGCGCCCCCAUGGGCCACAUCACAUCGGCGCCGACCUCAUACAAGUGCCCCAGCACCACCAUGACCUGGUCGUCGCACACCGUCACUGUGCCUCUGGUCGAUUUCACGACCAUCCACUCUGGCUCUCACAGCUCUGUCGCGCUUGUGCCUGGUACCUCUGGUAGGGAGCAGCACCAUAGCACCCGCACUUGCACGACGACAUCUUCAUCUUCCUUCUCUACCACCACUUCCUGCACGAGGACGACAACCGCUGCUCAUGCUCAAAAGCCCACGGCCACUGUGCCCGUCUCGAACGCUGGAGCUUGCCUCUCCUUCUCGAGCUUGUGGGCCGUCAGCAUCUUUGUCGCCUUCAUGUGGUUGUAG